UUGUAGGUAAAAGCAAGAUGGCAGCGCCCAGGAGGAGCGAGCGCAGCGCGUAACCUCAUUCGUGACAUCGGGAGCGCAGUUGGCUUUUUUCAAUCCAAAAAAAGAAACCGAAUAAGACAGGCGGACCCCUUUCAAGUCGGCGAGCCGGGCAGCUAUACUUUCAGGAGAAACAUGCUCUUGCACGCGGCUGCUGCUGCGUUCAUUUGCCCGGGGUUGGGCCGCGGAUGGCGCCUUGGCCUCGCCUGCUGGGGCCGCCCCCUCCUCCAUCGGCCCCGCCCCUUCAAUUCGUGGACCCGCCCACUACGCCAGCGGGCCCGCCCACUUCUGCAGUCGCCACGCCCACUUCUGCACUCGCCACGCCCACUGCUGCACUCGCCACGCCCACUGCUGCAGUCACCACGCCCACCUCUGCAGUCACCACGCCCACUGCUGCAGUCGCCACGCCCACUUCUGCAGUCGCCACGCCCACUUCUGCAAUCGCCACGCCCACUUCUGCAAUCGCCACGCCCACUUCUGCACUCACCACGCCCCUUUCAUCAGAAGCCCCGCCCCGACGCGGGCUCCACCUGGCGCGGAAAGAACUUGGAGGCGUCGCUGUGGAGGAGCGUGGACUUGAAUGUUCCGCGUGAUGUGGUGAUCUUCGAGCGCAACAACGGCCGCUUGCCUCGGCUGCUGGCGCUGUUCGCAUGUGGCCAGGCGGUCUUCUGGGGCUACCUUGCACACUUCUCCUUCGGGGCACUGACCAGCAGCUCCGAGUUAUGGCGCUACGGAUUCUCUAUGUUCUGCCUCACCGUGGGUGUGAUGAUCGUGUUGGGCAGCGUCCUUUUCUCCUCACGCUACGUGCAGCGCGUGGUCUUACUUCGGGGCGGCCGGGCACUCACGUUCCGCACCGCGGCGCCACUUUUAGGACCGCUGGGGCCUGCGCGUGCCUUCGAGGUGGCAGUGGACUCUGUAUCAUGCCCCAUCGCCGUCUCCAGCGCCACUGCACUCCUGCCUGUGCGCGUGCGUGGACGUCGAUUCUAUUACCUCAUCGAUAAACACGGCUCCGUGCCAAACCGGUCACUCUUUAAUGCCACUCUUGGCACAUUCCGCUCUUUCUGAUGGCCGCCCUGGGGAGUUUUACGAGAGGAAGCAAUGACAUCCAAUUGGAGAAUCAGCUCUGGGUCCAACUCGUCUGAAUCCUUUCUGUCGGCCUCAUCCUAACUCUCAAGUUCUAAUCAUAAUUUUAGAUAUAAUCCUAACUUAUCCUAUCCCUAGUGCUGACCUAACUCGUACUCUAAAAUAUAUUCUCUAGCUCUGCGCUUUUCAAACUUAAGUCCUCGCAUCCUACCAAAAUAUACCUUUACAUGUUUACCAGUCUUCCCUGUUCACAAACAAAUCGAUUUUACACACUUCAUAUGCCUGAUGAGUAAAAACAUCUCAUGAAACGGAGUACUGAUUCAUAUUAAGAUAUUGUACGUGUUUGUCCUUUGUGAAGUAAAUACAGGACUGCUAAUGCACGACAAAGCACUUGCACCAUAUAUUGACUUGAUCGGAGAAAACUGGUAAAGAUGGAAAUGCACACCAUGGUGGGGCAAGAAAAAACGAGUUCAGGAAACUGCUCGAACUCUAAACCUUGUAUCCUCUUUAACCCAAGCACCCAAGCACUAAUGUUAACCCUAACAUGUAACUUUAACUUGAUCAUAUCCCGAAACACUCAACCUAAAAAUACAACUGCUUAUGAAUGUCUAGAUGUUUAUCUAAGGCUUCCAGAAUGAGGCUUGAAGAUGUUACCGAGGAAAUAAAUUUGCGUAAAACGUUGACAUUGGAAAUGUGCCACAAUGGCACCAGAUAGUGCUUUCAUUGCGCGUAUUGUCACCAGGAUACUGGUGUACGUGAUUAUAUUACAACAAACCUCUGGAAAAAUAUGUUUUUCUUGAUAUCACCCAGUGGAAGGUUGUUUAAUUAAACAGGGUUACUGGAAAAUAGGUAAAAAAGUAUAAAAGCUUUAACAUUUCUAAUAGGGUGCACAGAUAUAACUAUUGAAAAUGGAUAUUAAAAAUCAGGAUAGAUUGAAAAAUAUUGCUGACUCAAAGCAGAAGAUAGUAAAUUUAAGAGGUUAAAGUUAUGGUAGCAAGAGGAUAUGAGAGGAGCCACCAUGUUGCUAAGGCGACCGAGUCACUUGGUGAAUACCGCAAACACAUAAUAAGCAAAGCAUGUAAUCGGGGAGCAUCCCAGCGAACAAUGUCAAGCCUACACCCAAAAAUAUGUGACAAAGUAUCCCAAGGAAGACCUGCAAAAGCCUGAAGACUCGGUUGGAGGUUUUCCUGUUUAAUAAUAUGAAUAAGAAAGUAAAGUAUUGUUGCACUGAUGCAAGUUUUGCUGUCAAACGCUUUACACAUAACUGAAGUUCGUUGAAUUUUUUAUUAUUGUAAUAUAAGGGCAUUUGGUGCGUUCUUCCACUUGUCUUCAAAAUAUGGGAAAUAUAUGUAAAAAAAAGCAAUGUUUAAUAUAGGUUUUAUUAAAAUUGCAAUUGCA